CGGAGAAAAGACGGGGAGGGACCUGACGGGCGGCAAAUCUUUUUCUCCCGCCAUGGAGGCAGCCGGAGGGGUGUUCCCGUUCCGCGACGUCCGCUGGGACCCGGACCCGAUGUUGGAAGCUCACCCGGCGGUGCGGCUGCCGGCUCCGGUUCCUCUGGUGCUGGAUAACGGUUCGUUCCAGCUGCGUUUGGGCUGGGCCUGCCCGCAAGCCGCGGUGCCUGGCGAGCCCUUGCUCCAGUUCCGCUCCUUAGUUGCUCGAAGCCGGGGAGCUCGCGGCGGCGCUGGCCCGGAAACCCAGGUGGGCAACGAUCUGGGCAGCCCCGAACCCCUCCGAUGGCUUCUCCGCUCGCCUUUUGACCGCAACGUGCCCGUUCAGAUGGAGCUGCAGGAGCAGCUCUUCGACCACGGCUUCCAGCGCCUGGGCGUCUCCUCGCAGGGCUGUGUUGACCAUCCAAUUGUGAUAACAGAGGCUGUCUGCAACCCUCUCUAUUCAAGGCAAAUGAUGUCAGAGCUCCUAUUUGAAUGUUACCAGGUCCCAAAGGUUUCUUAUGGUGUGGACAGCUUGUACAGUUUCUAUCAUAACAAAAGACAAGGAUGGCCUUGCAGUGGGCUCAUAGUUUCUUCUGGAUACCACUGUACUCAUAUUUUACCAGUCUUAGAUGGCAGGUUAGAUGCACGACACUGUAAGCGCAUAAAUCUUGGAGGAUGCCAGGCAGCUCUUUAUCUCCAGCGUCUCCUGCAACUGAAAUAUCCAGGGCAUUUUGCUGCCAUCACACUUAGCCGUGUGGAAGAAAUACUCCAUGAGCACAGCUAUAUCGCAGAAGAUUAUAAAGAAGAGAUGCAAAAGUGGAGAUCACCUGAAUACUAUGAGAACAAUGUGCAUAAGAUGCAGCUGCCUUUUUCAAAUAAGCUCCUCGGGAGUACUGUCACGUCUGAGGAGAAGCAAGAGCGACGGCAGCAACAACUUCGACGGCUUCAGGAACUUAAUGCUCGCCGUCGAGAAGAAAAGCUUCAGUUGGAUCAAGAGAGACUGGAGAGGCUUCUUUAUGUUCAGGAACUGCUAGAAGAUGGUCAGGUGGAUCAGUUUCACAAAGGUUUGAUGGAACUUAACAUGGACUCUGCUGAGGAACUCCAGUCUUAUAUCCACAAGCUAAGUUUGGCCAUUGAGCAAACAAAGCAGAAAAUCCUCCAGGCAGAAGUUAGUGUUGAAGUGGAUGUUGUGGACAGUAAGCCAGAGAUUCCUGACUUUGAUCCAUUGGCCAGCGAACAAUCCAUGGAAGAUGUAGAAAGUGUGAAUGAUUUUGAGCCGUUAUUUGCUGAGGAACAACCUGAAGUUGAAAAACCAGUUACUACAGUACAGCCCGUGUUUAAUCUGGCAGAGUAUCAUCAGCUCUUUCUUGGCACAGAAAGAAUCCGAGUUCCUGAAAUUGUCUUUCAGCCAUCCCUAAUAGGAGAAGAACAGGCUGGGAUAGCAGAAACCAUGCAGCUUGUCCUGGACAGAUAUUCUAAAGAUCAACAGGAAAAGCUUGUCCAGAAUGUCUUCCUCACUGGUGGAAAUGUGAUGUAUCCUGGAAUGAAAGAAAGAAUCCAGAAAGAAUUGCUUGAAAUGAGGCCAUUCCAAUCAUCCUUUCAGGUGCACCUUGCUUCUAAUCCUGUUCUUGAUGCAUGGCAUGGAGCUCGGGACUGGGCACUGGAGUACAUGAACCGUGAAGAAGGCUGGAUAACUAGGAAAGAUUACGAAGAGAAAGGUGGAGAAUACCUUAAGGAACACUGUGCUUCCAAUGUCUAUGUGCCUAUCCGUCUCCCAAAGCAGGCUCCAAGGACUGCUGAAACGUCAGCAUCAAGUAAAGUGCCAGGGACUGCCCCAAACAGCAUCUCUGAGCAAACGUGAUAUAUAUAUAUAAUUUUUGGACAAAGGUGGUUGCUUUCC